AUGUUGAAAUCAGAACUGCAAGUCGCAUUGACUGUCGUUAGCAGAGCUGCAAAUUUAGCUCAAUCUGUGUUUAACAAGUUGGUAACCGCAGAGACUGUCACAAAGAAUGAUAAGUCUCCUGUGACUGUCGCAGAUUACUCUUGUCAAGCUCUCAUUUCUCUCCUCCUUUCAAAAUCGUUCCCAAAUGAUCCAAUCGUCGGCGAGGAAGACGCAAACGAUCUCAAGCAACCAACAGAAUCUUCAAUUCAACUUAAGAAUAGAGUCACCCAGCUCGUCAAUGCUGAAUUAUCGAAGCCACAAUCAAUCGGUGAAUCUGAUAACUUGGAAUUGGGUACUUCACGUGAUUCAAAUGUAUUGUUAGAUGCAAUCGAUAGAGGUACCUUCCAAGGUGGUUCUAGUGGUAGAAUGUGGUGCUUGGAUCCAAUCGACGGUACAAAAGGUUUCCUUAGAGGUGGCCAAUACGCCGUAUGUCUCGCUUUGCUUGUAGAGGGCAAAGUUCAGUUGGGUGUAAUAGCAUGUCCUAACCUCCCUGUAAACCCAAGUAACCCUGAUAGUCCAAAGGGUGUCGUUUUAGCUGCUGUCAAAGGUCAAGGCGCUUUCCAACGUCCAAUCAGCGAAACAAAUGGCACUCUCACUCCAAUCAGAAUGAACCCAAUCACUCCAGAAUCUUUAUCAUAUGCUUCUUUCUGUGAAUCUGUUGAAUCUGGUCACUCUUCUCAAUCUGACGCUGCAAACAUCGCAAACGAGUUGGGCAUAACCAACGAGCCUGUUAGAAUGGAUUCUCAAGCUAAAUACUGCUCCAUUUCACGUGGUGACGGUGAUAUCUACCUCCGUUUGCCUGUAUCUGCAGAUUACGAGGAGAAGAUCUGGGACCAUGCACCUGGACGUCUCAUCGUCGCUGAAGCUGGCGGUAAAGUGACUGACAUACACAACAACGAUCUCGAUUUCUCCCUCGGACGCACACUUAAGAAUAACAAGGGAGUUAUUGCGGCGAGUGCUGAUAUACACGCAGACGUAAUCAAAGCUGUACAAAAGGUAUUGAAAGUAUAG